AUGAGUGACCCAGAAGGAAUUAAAUCAUUCCUAUACAAUUUCUUGCAAACCAAGAAACGUGUCGCACCUGAAUACACUUUUGUCGAAAAGCCUGUUGGUCGUGGAAAAGUCAGGUUCCUCUGUGAAGUCCGUGCUGAUGGUUUUAAUUAUGUUGGGAUCGGGAAUUCCACAACGAAAAAGGAUGCUCAAACCAAUGCAGCCAGGGACUAUGUAAACUAUCUUGUGCGUGAAGGUGAGAUUCCUGCCUCUUCUGUCCCCGCAAUGAAGCCUGUAAAUGUUUUAUCCGAUGAGUCAUCAACUACCUUAUCUGUACCCGGAAACGAUGAACAGAAAAGUGCAAUCCAACAACAGCCAUAUUCAUUUGGUCCUGGAGGCAAUUAUAUUAGUAGUAUAUAUGACCAAAAGAAAUUAGAAGAGGCAGAGGAGGUAGAUUUAACUUCCGAUCUACACGGUGGUUGGUCACUGGAAAAUGCUAAGGCUCGUUUGAAUGAAUACUUGCAGGCAACACGACAACAAGUAGGACAAGUGAAAUAUACAACAGUUGGUCCAGAGCAUGGCAGGAGUUACAUAGCUGAGAUGACCGUCCUCGCGAAGAAUCUCCGCAAGAACUUGUAUGCACGAGAAGCAGGAUCAAAUAAACAACUGGCAUCUCGUGCUUGUUGCUUAUCGUUGGUUCGCCAGCUUUUUCACGCAGGAGAAAUUGAGCCAUACACCGGGGAAAAAAGAAAGAAGAAACACACUGAGGUUGCGGCGUAUAACGUCAUUCUGAAUUCAAAAGUAGAAGAAAAUCUAACUCGUGUAUUGGACAAUUUGGAUCAAACGUACAAUAUGAUUACCAAUUACAACCUGGUGGAUUUUGAUGAUGCUCCAAAACAGAAACCUCAGUUGAUUGCUUGGUGCCCGCCGCUAGCUAACUGGAAUCCAUGGACUGCCUGCAAUAUCGAUGAGGGUCCUGAGGCUACUCAACCAUUAUCCCAUAUUAGCGCUAACUUGGCGAGUGAAUGGUUACGUCGACUGGAUAAUGACCCUCAAUUACGAGCCUUAAUGGAUGAACGUUCCCAGCUACCGGUGAAUCUUUACAAAGUUCCGAUCUUGGAAGCCGUGAAACGUGACAGAGUAACAAUAAUUCGGGGUGAAACUGGCUGCGGAAAAACUACACAAAUCCCUCAGUUCAUUCUGGAUUCAUAUCUAGAAUCAGGAAGAGGUGCAGAAUGUUCCAUUCUUGUAACACAACCUAGACGCAUAUCAGCAAUUAGUUUAGCUGAACGCAUUGCUUACGAAAGAGGAGAAACUGUUGGAACUUCUAUUGGGUACUGUGUUCGCUUUGAGACGGUGUAUCCUCGUCCAUACGGUUCUAUACUGUUUUGUACCGUUGGAACUAUGGCACGCAAAAUGGAAGGAGGUCUACGGGGAGUCUCUCAUGUAAUUGUGGAUGAGAUACAUGAAAGAGAUGUUAAUACUGACUUUAUGCUUAUACUGCUACGUGAGAUGAUUCGAGUGAACAAGAAUCUUCGACUUAUACUAAUGUCUGCCACCAUCGACAUCAGUAUGUUCAGUGACUACUUUGGCGAUUGUACGAUAUUGGAUAUAGAAGGUCGGACGCAUCCUGUUGAAUAUUAUUUCCUGGAAGAUUGCGUAAAAAUGGUCAACUUUGUGCCACCUCCUCCUGACGAGAAAAAACGAAAACGUCGUCAAGAAGUGGAAAGUGUUUCAGAUAACAAUGAAGAUAAUUGUAAUCUGAUGUGUGAUCCUGUCUAUGGAGAUGCCGUAAUUCGUACUAUGAAAGAAAUUACAGAAAAAGAAGUUCCUUUUGAGCUUGUCGGUGCACUACUUGAUAAGAUAAUAAAUAUGAGCAUUCCUGGUGCAGUCCUUGUUUUCCUUCCGGGUUGGAAUAUCAUCAGUCUUUUACGUAAAUACUUACAAUCACAUCCUAGAUAUGGAGGUCCAGAUUAUUAUAUCUUACCGCUUCAUUCUCAAAUCCCGCGCGAAGACCAACGAUUAGUUUUUCGUUCCACACCUCCUGGAGUAAGAAAAAUUGUAUUGGCAACUAAUAUCGCUGAGUCUUCUAUUACUAUCAAUGAUGUUGUCUUUGUAAUUGACUUUUGCUUAUCACGCACAAAACUCUUCACUGCACGCAAUAACCUAACGUCAUAUUCUACUUCGUGGGCAAGCAAAACCAACCUUGAGCAACGUCGUGGUAGAGCCGGUCGAGUGCGUCCAGGGUUUGCUUUUCAUCUGUGCAGCCGAGCACGUUUUGAACGUCUGGAUCAACACGCUACUCCCGAGAUUCUUCGUACUCCAUUGCAUGAAUUGGCGUUACUAAUUAAGCUUUUGCGGCUUGGUUCCGUCAGAGACUUUUUAAUGAAAGCCUUACAACCCCCACCGCUAGACGCAGUAAUUGAAGCUGAGCACACUCUUAAAGAAAUGAAAGCUCUGGAUGCAAAUGAUGAACUAACUCCCUUAGGAUUUAUACUGGCUCGACUUCCCAUUGAACCGCGUCUAGGUAAGAUGCUUAUAUUUGCUUGCGCAUUCAAUUUGGGAGGGGCAGCUGCUGUUCUUACAUCUGUUGCAAGUCUUGGCUGUGAUCCAUUCUUACUACCUCCUGAUCACAGAAGACUUAGUAACCAUCAGCGAUCGUUUGCAGCCGGUUACUCAAGCGACCACUUAGCAGGUUUGAAUGUCUUUCAGGUAUGGGCUUCUGAACGUGCUCGCUUGGGCGAUGAAUCAGCUGAUCUAUUUUGUGAGCAGCAUGGAUUCAAUAGCUCUGCAUUACGAAUCAUUGACGAUGCUGCAAAUCAACUCAGAACCAUUCUUAUUAAUUUGGGCUUCCCUGAAGACUCAUUGUCUGAUGCACCGAUUAAUUUCAAUGUUAAACACAAUAUCGACUGCGAUGUAGUUUCCACACUGCUUGUUUCUGGAUUAUACCCUAAUAUUUGCUAUCAUUCUGAGAAGCGCAGACUUUUAACCAUUGAAGGUACUUUAGCACUUAUACACAAAGGUUCUGUCAAUUGUGUAAAGGAUAUGAAAUUCACCUACCCAUUUUUCGUUUUCGAUGAAAAGAUUCGUACUCAGGCGGUUUCUUGCAAAGGUCUCACAAUGGUGAAUCCAAUUCAGUUGAUGCUUUUUGGUUGCCGUUCAGCUGCUUGGCGAAAUGAUGAUUCUGGAGAGGAAGGAACAAUUAUAAUUGAUGAUUGGAUUCCUUUCCGCAUGAAUUACAUUUCUGCUGCUAGAAUUUUCGCUUUCCGCCCGGCUUUGGAGGCAUUACUUGUUCGAACCUGCUUACGACCGGAAGGUGUCGCUGACCUUCGAGAAGAAGAUCAACGUGUUAUUGAUGUUCUCCGUCAGUUAUGUUCCCCAGAGGCCCUAAAUCCAAACGCUAGUUUUGGCACAAUGAAUGAUACUGACUCUCCACCAAAAAAGAGAUUUGCUUCAGCUAGUAAUUGUCCAUUACUUUCCGGUCGAUCGCGUCGCCAAACAGGAUAUGACAAUUCAUAUUCUGAAAAGCAGAUUUUUGGCUCUUACACUAAUCACCCCAGUCGUUUUGGUUAUCCAGACCAAAUGUAUGACGGUCAAGGUGGUUCUUGGCAAGAUUCUCAGUCACAGUUUUCAAAUCAGCGAUACAACCAAGUGCAACCAAGACGAUUUCCAGGAAACACUGCAGGAUCGAGGUCAUAUGGAACCAAUUACACUGGAAGUAAUAAUAAUAAUAGCUCAUCUUGGAACUCAUACGGUGCUUCAAAUUUCAAUGGUUCCCCAUAUCAGCAGCAAUCGUUUGGUGAUGAUAGAUUUGUUCAACAAAGGCCGUUUAGACCUAGUUGGGAUGUCACUUUGACAAUUAUUGAUAAUUCACUGAAUGAUGACGAAUUAUUACCCCUAUUAUACCUACAUUUGAAGAAUAAAACUAAACUACCUUCCUUAACUGAAUUGAAAUUCACUAAGAAUCCUGAUGAAAGAAGCAUAAAUCAUGGAAAAGGAAAUUCCCUCCAUCAACCAUUAAAUCAUAUUCGUAUUUAUACAGAAGAUGAUAAUGAUAAUAAUGAUGAAAAUUAUAGUAGAACACAGUACAUAAAACUUAUAUGUCAGGUGGAAUCAGUUUAUCAACAUCACAGUAUUCAUCUAAUAUGUCCAUUAAUGGAAAUACGUUGUUUUGAAAAUUGUAAACGAAUUUGUCAGUUAACAGAAUGCAAAAAUAUACCAAGUAUGCAACAGAUAAAUUGUUUUGAAUCAACUAAAAUAAUAGUCAAAUCUAAUCAAACAACUUUAUAUAAUGUUCAACAGUCAAUAUAUUCUAAAACAUUGACAUUUUAUAUUAAUAAAUAUGACAAGAAUAUUACAGGCUCAUGGUAUUGUAUUCAUGCGGGUAAAACAAGUAAACAUCAAGCCAUUAAAGCUAAAUUACACAUGAAAUUAAAAAAUUUUACUCAAUUUACUCAUAGAUCAAUUAACAGGGAUAGAAAUCCACUUAUAUCAUUAUCUCCUGUAUCUAUAUUAAAUCAAAAUCGUGAAUAUGAUUUAAUCAAAAGGAAUGAUGAUUGCAACUUAUCAAGUGAUAUCAUUAGGAGAAGAAAGAGAUCCAAAUUACUCCUUUCUUUCUUUCAAAGCGAAUCAAAAUUCAUAAUCAUGAUUAUUUUGGUUCUUCUUGUAUCUUCGAUUACUGUGAAUUUGUUGUGCUCCAAUAAGUUCCUCCUAACUCUUUGUAGCCCAUGUAAGAAAAUAUUUAUCGAAAGACGUGUACCAUUACUUACUGAUGGAAAUAUUUCUGUUCAACAUACCAUAACUAUACCACAGAAUAUGGUUCCAUCUCUGGAAUUCACUAGUAAAAUAUUCUCAUCUCAUCUGUUGAAUGAAACAUCAUUUCAAGAAGUCGGUAAUCAAGUGAAUGAAAUUAAAAGUAGUCACAAUAUUGUCAAUAUUUGUGAUAAUCAUCCAGUUAACCAAAACAAAAAUAUGUCUCAAAUUCAACUUACAACAGUCAAAGAAGUUUUUUUGCACUACAAGGUGUGUCCGAAAUGCCUUGUCCAGUACUCAUCUGGGUGUGAAACUUGUUCUGCUCAACACAACUUUCAUUGA